AUGGUGGUCAACGAGCUCGUAUCAGACAAGAAACUCGGCGCGGUCCUCCAGACCUCAGGAUACGCCCAAGACCAAGCCGCCAAGCUCCUCCAUCUGCUCACCGAAAUCACCCGCGCGGCCGAAGAGUCAGGAUCAGCUUCAUCAGAGCUCCAAGCCGCCCUGUCAAAGGAGCAGAAGCUCCUCCUCACAAACAUCUCGCACCUCCGCGGCCUGCACCGCUCCGCCAACUUCAACGCCAGGGAUACAAAAGCCCAGACCGCCGAGGCGCGGCAGGAGGUCGACCGCCUGCACCUCCAGCUGCAGAACCUGUACUACGAGCAGCGCCAUCUCGAGGGCGACAUUGAGGCCUGCGAAUCCUACGACCAUACAUACCAGAAGAUACCUCUCAUCCCCGUCGAAGAAUUCAUCGCCGAGCAACCAGAACACGCCGACGCUGAUGAGGACGCCAUGAUGAUUGCGCGAAUCGGCCACGAGCGAGCGGGACGAGAAGCCCUCGAGCAGCAGAGGCUCGAGUUGGUGGGAAGGAAGCAGAAGCUCAUUGCUGAGAACAAGAAGCGCAAGGACGAUCUGGCCAACCUCGACAAAGACUUGGAGAAGUUCAUCGAUGCUGCGAAACCCAUCCAGGAGCUCUUCGAAAAGGUUGUAUGA